AUGCAAGCUGCACGCCACGAGACAAUCUCUUGGGAAGAGAUGGCUUUAGAGCCAAUUGAUCAAAAUCAGCAAACUACUCCCCCAGAUAUUGGCCUGUUACCUUACCCUGACAUGGGGCCCAGUCUUUGCUCCGACCCCCCUCAUGGUGCUAUCGAAUCAUUUGGGGGCUUCUACCUCGCACCAGUCUCCAGUGGGUCUUUCGAAGUCGCGAGAUCGGAGACAUCAGUCGGCUUUCCGAAUAGUGCGGUUACAAUGUACCUUAAUGCCGACUUUCACAGCUUUUCGGUUCCAUACUUUCCAAUCGAAGCGUCUGUUGAGAAUGGAAACUUUCUGGGCAUGAACAUGAAUGCUAUCGAACUAGAUUUCUUCAACGGAUUCCCAAGCGUUGAUUAUGCCAAUGUCAUCGCCCCCAAUCAACCGGCCCCUAUGCUUGGCCCGGCCAUAUACCCACCACCCUUCAUUAACCCAGGCAGUGCUUCCUACUUGCCUGCCCAAGCACCUGUUCAACAGCCCGUUCUUCCAUCCGGACAACAAGCUCCUCAACGUACCACCUGUACGCGUUGCCCACGUACCUUCUCUCGUCGAUCGGAUCUUCCACGCCACAUGGCAUCUGUUCACGGAGUAGGACGUCGCGCUCAUCAGUGUCCCAGACCCGGUUGUGGAAAGACCUACAGUAGAAGCGACAAGGUCUUGAAGCAUAGAAGAAAUGCAGGACAUUAG